CCCAGCGUGCCUCGCGCAUAGGUGCAAAUGCCAAAAUGGCGGCUCCAUUGACGCUCUUGCUGAUCGUGGCUGUCACUAUCCGCGCAGCUCUUUUUAGGUCCACUUUUGCAUAUUGGAUCGCCGAAAGGGUAGAGGUGGUGUCCCCGUUAACCGCAUGGAAGAGAGUUGUGGAAGGUUUGGCUCUACUGGACUUGGGAGUGUCGCCCUAUGCGGGAGAUGUGUUUCAUGAGACCCCUCUCAUCAUCUACCUCUUCCACUUCCUGGUGGACUAUGCAGAGAUUACAUUCAUCCUGGCCGACAUCAUCGUGGCGGUGGCCUUCUACUACGUGGUGAAGGACUACAACAAGCAAGUGUUCAGGAAGCAGAAAUUCGCUCUGGAAGCCGACCGCUACCCCGCAGACUGUCACGAGCUGGUCCGAACCCCCAAAGAGAUGUACUACAUUCCCCUCAAAGCGGCUCUCUUUUACCUCCUGAACCCGUUCAGCGUGCUGUCCUGCGUCGCCAAGUCCACGUGCUGCCUGAACAACGCUGUGGUGUCGCUCUUCAUCCUGGCCACGGUGAAAGGGAACAUGUUGCUGAGCGCCAUUUUCUUGGCCUUGGCCACAUACCAGAGCCUCUACCCGCUGACGCUGUGCGUCGGCGCUCUGCUCUACCUUAUGCAGCGUCAGUUUAUCCCCGUCAACGCGUAUCGGCUGAGUUUCUGGUGGUUCGUGGCCCAAUACGCCUUCAUGUAUCUGGGCAGUCUCCUGGUGAUGGUGGCCCUCUCCUUCUUCCUGCUGGGCUCGUGGGACUUCCUGCCUUCCGUCUACGGCUUCAUCCUCUCCGUCCCCGACCUGACGCCCAACGUCGGCCUCUUCUGGUACUUUUUCGCCGAGAUGUUCGAACACUUCCGCCUCUUCUUCCUCUGCGUCUUUCAGAUCAACGUCUUCGUCUACACCGUCCCUCUGGCCAUCAAACUCAAGGAGCAUCCGGUGUUCCUGAUUUUCAUGCAGCUGGCCAUCAUCUCCAUCUUCAAGUCGUACCCGACAGUGGGCGACAUCGCUCUCUACAUGGCCUUUCUUCCCGUCUGGAGUCACCUGGCCAGAUUCCUUCGCAACGUGUUCCUGGUUUCCUGCGUGCUGCUGAUGUGUUCGGCGCUGUUUCCGGUGUUGUGGCACUUGUGGAUUAACGCGGGCAGCGCCAACGCUAACUUCUACUUCGCCAUCACGUUGGUCUUCAACAUCGCUCAGAUGCUGCUGGUGUCGGACUAUUUCUACGCCUUCUUGAGGCGAGAGCACCACCUGGUCCACGGACUCUACCCAAAGAAGAAAGACGGCUCCGAGGCCACGCUGGUGCUCAAAUAAAACCUUCAAACGCUGGAGGGCGGAGAAGGAACGAUGUCCGGAUGUGACGGGCCAUUCUUCAAAUCAUUCUCACCCAUCUCCUGGCUUUUUACGGGCCUCUCAGAACGGGUGACUUUUUUUUUUUUCCUGACUUUAUUUACUAAGCGUGACCGCGAAUGAGGAAGUGAAAUGAUGUUUUUUGUUUGGAUGUACUGAGAACUUAGGAAGGAAUGUUAAGGCCACAUUGGAGGUGACUAUGCUUGAGAAAUUCUCCCCCUGGCCCCCCUUCUCUGUGUUUCAAGUCUAAAGAGUGAAAGUCAUUCGACAGAUUGCAGCUCAUCCCUGCAGACUGUUGGGGGGGGACGUACGCUGAUCAAAUCGCAAGGCAUAUUCACAGUUCGGCUUCACAAAAUUCAGCCCACCGUUGCUUUUUCAUGUUUGGAAGCGAUCAAUUAUUCACCGAAAAAUGAAACCAUUCCAUUUUUGUGCUCAAGCCAAAGCAAGAAUAGAAACGAUGUUGAAGUGAUUUGAGCCGCAUGAAGAUAAAAGGAGGACUUUUCGCCAUUAAGGCGAACGGCGGGACCGGACGUCCACUUCUUCUAGUUCCCGGUAGUUUGAGUCCUACCAAUUGUUUGCCCGACGGCUCGGCUCAGCUCAUCAAUUCCGCUUCGGUGGCAAAUGGAGCCAUGACGUCACACGCAAGAAUUUUUGAGGUUCUGAACUCACCCAAUGCGACAUCAAGGCUGAAUUUCAUGCUAAUUAUGUCCAAAUUAGUUUGGAUUGUGCUAAAUGCUAAAAUUGCACAAAAUAUCCCCUAAUGUUGAGAGCCCAAGUGUCAUAUUGGGGAAACUUGUCUCGUGACAGCAAAUCUCUAUACUUGGUGGAUUAAAUGAAUUCAGCCAUCUGGAAUUACCCACGGUAAAAAAAAACAAAAAAAACAUUGCCAAUUUAUUCUGUAGUGUUUUUUUUUUUGGGUGGGGGGGUAAGUACAACCUACUCACUCGGUAUUAUUUUCUUUUCAGUGUGUGGCAUUAAUACCACUUUAUGAGAGGUCAUGCAUAUGAAGACGUAUGGAUGUUUUUGGGGGGGAGGGUAAAAACUUUUCUAAUAAGCGUUUUGUUUACAUUGAGACUGAUUUGUGUGGAAGCUGCUUGUUGAUUUCUACGCACUGUUUAUUUUUUUAAUGUCUCUUGGCCAGACGGACUGAGGAGAUUGUUUUGGGAUAUAAUUUAUUUUGUACAGUAAAACAGGCGAGGUCCUCACAUGGUCGUUGAGUAUUUAACAAACGAAAAAAAUUCCAUCAACUGUUGACACACAGCAGCUAGUUUGUUACCGAUUUCCUUUCUUUGUGUAAUAAACACGAUGCAAA